AUGCCAUCAUCGACUCUGGCCACCAUGCUCGGCCGGGGCUCAGACGGCCUCGCCCCGCCUCCAAACAAUGCCCCGUACCACGCCAUCUUCAACUUUUUGUUUGCCCAUGUCUUUCUCUCGUCGCGCCUCCUCAAAAACAUCUACGGCUUCGACCACAACGUCAACCCUCGCGAGGACGUGUCCCGAUUCGGCGAGAGGGCCGUGCAGGACGGCAAAAUCACCCGCAAACAACUCAACAUGCUGAAACGCAACGAGGCCGCCCACGCCAACGCGAUGGAGCAUUUCCCCAUGUUCGUCGGCAGCGCCUUGUUCGCGACCGUGGCCAAGGUCCCCAAUGAUUCGAUCAACAAGGCGUGCUUGGUAUACUCGGUCGCGAGGGUCCUGUACGCCGUCCUCUACUUGACCGUGGACAAUGUCAAACUUUCCUACGUCAGGAGUUUGACCUGGUGGACGAGCAAUUUCGCAUGUAUCUACUUGCUGUGGCAGAGUGGCAAGGCCUUGAACGCAGGCCUUGUUCAUUGA